UGAAUUACAAGCUCGAGCACCGACGAUUUUGACAGUUGAUCGCUGCAUCCCACAAAUAACUACAUGCGGGAUACACACUGUUGUCUUUUAAUAGGGUUGCCAGAGGACUGGGUCCAAGGAGCAGGAAGGGUGCCAAGGGAGGUCCGACGGAAUUGCAACAGAAUAAGAAGUUAUCCCAGAAAGUGACUGAUAGGACAGGAAUGGGAAGGAAGAAGAUAAAGAUCUCACAGAUUCAGGACCAGCGAAACCGACAGGUGACCUUCACGAAGCGCAAGUUCGGUCUGAUGAAGAAGGCGUACGAGCUGAGCGUGCUGUGCGACUGUGAGAUCGCCCUCAUCAUCUUCAACCACUCAAACCACCUGUACCAGUACGCCAGCAGCAACAUGGACCAGGUGCUGCUGAAGUAUACGGCGUUCAGCGAGCCUCAGGAAAACCGCACCAAUGCGGACAUACUGCAGACCCUGCGCCGGAAAAAUCUCACCAGCAGAGGGCAGCGGGAAGAGGAUGGCACACACACAAAUGCCCCAUGGUGCCAGGGGCUCGGUGCAGGAAUGGGGACAGCGCACUGCCACUUUCACAGACGCCAGAAUGUACAGGCUCUGGAUAGCCCUCCAGGGGGCUCCCUGCCCACUGAGAAUGGGGUUCCUUUUGUGGGGAUUGCCAAACCGAGCCCAGGGUCUCAAAGACUGCCAGCCGGCGCUCACUGCUCCUUAGUGAUGCCUCACUCAGGCUUCCCCCAUAGCAACUGGAGCCAAUCCCAGGAGAUGAAGAUGUCUGUCCCUUUCAGCGUGGGCGACAGUAGGAGAUCUCAGUCCUUCCAGCUUGAGGGGCAGCCCAGCCACAGCAGUGCAGUGAGAGAGCUGGUACCAACCCAGCGAAAAUUGGCCCAAGGGAAGACAGGGCUGCUGGGACACAGCCUGAGUGAAUACAACCUCUGCCUGAGCUCUGCAAGUCCACGAAACAGCGCGUUUGGCCCCUUGCGAGAAUCACACGACCAGGAAGAGCUUAUGUUGUCUAGCAGCCGGGGGGGGAUAUCCACAGGGGGGCGCCAUUUCUCUGCAGUGACCUCCACAGAAUCAGCGUUCCACUCCCAUUUCAACCUCAGCAUCAAAUCAGAGCGGCUCUCACCUGAGCUUAGCUUCUCUCCACACCCACCCCACACUCGCUACCCCAGUUCGGUGACUGGGGGUGUCGCCCCCAAAGGGGCGGCUCAGCCAAACUCUCACAUGUGAGAGAAACCCGGAUUCCCCGAGUAGCGGCUACAGGUCGCAGGACCUUGUCCUGCACACAAGGAGUUUCCAAGCGCUGCCUGUCUGAAAUAACGUCUCUACUGCCAGUCAUUCUAACUGAUGCCGCAGUUACAUUAUUGUUCUCUGGAGAUCGGAUUAAGGGAACUUUUAUAUACACUUUCGCUUUUAAAGUGCUUUUAAAGUGUUCUGUGCUGUACUUGCCGCAUGAUAUUGUAUACACAUUUAUAAAUAUAUAAUUUUAUUCAGUUUAACUGAACAAUUUUAAUAAUGGAUUUCGGAGACAUUGUUUUUACUUGACUAAUUAAAUAUAAUGUUUGCUAUUAUCUGUUUUUUUUUUUUUUUGUCUAUUUUCCCUAUAACUUUCCCUUCUAUAGUCACAUAUCUGCAUGAAAGCCCACAAGACGGCACCUUGGUCCCAUUUACGGUCCCAAUGCUAAUGGUUAUGCUAAUUCUACGCAGAUCAAAAGUUUGCCUUUCAUUAAUGAUUCCUUUAUUCUUGCUGACAAAAGAGACAUCUAAAGGAACAGCCUGGGAAAGUUUAACAGCUCAGUGUGGCGGUAUGGCGGUGUCUUAUUAGCUUUAAGUAAUGCACGGGCAGGAUGAAACAGGCGCACAAGCAGCCCCACUGUCUUUUCUCCUGCGACAAUGACGCUGCUUUUUUGCUUAGAUGAAAUUCGUUUUGGCUUUGUGCGCGUAAUUUUGAAACACAAGCGCAUUAAACAUUUAAUUACAUAAAUCAAGUAACACAAUACUAGAUUUUAAUAAAGUAUAUAUUAAUUA